UCGAGUUUUACCGCGAUCGGUCACAAGUUACCGGAUCUCCGAUACACAACGUGCCGUCGUAUACGGGAGAUUUCAACGCAUCGUUCGGAUCCGCGAUUUGGUAGGGUGGAAUUCGUCGAUCGAACCUUCGAUUUGGUUCAUUUUAUAAAAUUUUAAUACGUUGUGAUUGACUACAUCGUCGCAAAGUCAAGUUCGAUUCGCGCGCUAUUUAUACUCGAAAAUUUACAACCGUAUUGUGGUCGAAACAAGACCGUCUGUACUAGUAAAUAGAAGAUAACGCGAAACGAAUCGCGGAAAUGACACAUUCGUGAAAUUGGUACAAUAGAAAAAGUCGCCAUUAGCGCGACUAGAUAUCGAGUGUUCUAAAUAUGGAUUCGAUCGACGAGCCGGCGAUUUUAACAAGAUGAAAACGGCAGUGUUGUGCACCGUGAUCGCGGCGUCCCUAAUCUGCGAGGUCCUUUCGAAUAUCGACGCGUCGCCGCAGGAACCCCCGCACCGGCCGGGCGGGUCGCACAGGAAGCACAAGCACCGCAGGAAAUCACCGGAGCGAUUGGUUCGGUGCAAACGCUACGAACUCUACAACUAUCGAAUCUAUCCCGAUGGAAUUCCUUCGCCGUACCUGCGACCGCAGGUGUACACGCCGACCCGGUGCUACACCUACUGCAAUCCCUGCCCCACGUCGACGUGCUUGAGAAGGUGCCCCAGCCGGGAUAUAUUCUAUCCCAGCGUGAAGCCCUUUUGGCCCGAGCCUAUAACCAGAAGACCGCCGGCGAGGACCACCGAGCGACCCACCAGGCCAUACAAGCCUACUCCAUCCAGAUCGACUCCAUCCAGAUGGACUCCGUCCAAGUCGACUGCAUCUAGGACCACUCCGUCCAGAUGGACUCCGUCCAAGUCGACUGCAUCUAGGACGACUCCGUCCAAGUGGACACCAUCUAGGACGACUCCAUCUAGGACGACAACAUCUAGGACGACUCCAUCUAGGACGACACCAUCUAGGACGACACCAUCUAGGCCGACUCCAUCUAGGACGACAACAUCUAGGACGACUCCAUCUAGGACGACACCAUCUAGGACGACACCAUCUAGGACGACUUCUAAGGCUUGCGCUUGUGAUCACGAUGGAUCAAUGUUCUUAACUUGCAAUCAAACGACAGGGGCAUGUUUCUGCAAGCAGCAUUUUACUGGAUUCGAUUGUAGCUCUUGCGAGGAUGGUUACUGGAAGAAAAACAAAGCCUGCGCGGAAUGCAAAUGCAACAAAUUCGGCACUUUACCGAACACUACAUGCGACAAAGAAACGGGAAAAUGUAGAUGCAAAGCCGGCGUGACGGGCGACCAGUGCACGAGCUGCCUGCCCAAUCACUACGGCACCAUUCAAACCGCUUGUAAACAAUGCGACCCGUGCGACGAAAAGGGCCACAUCUGCGAUCCAUCCAACGGAAAGUGCGUCUGCCCGCCGCUAACGACGGGGAAAAACUGCGAAAAUUGCAGCGACAACUCGUGGGGCUACGAACCCGGCCGGGGAUGCAAACACUGCGAUUGCUCGCCGACGGGCAGUUCCAGCCGACAGUGCGACCGAACGAGAGGCCUCUGUUCGUGCAACGCCGGCUUCGAAGGGGAGAAAUGCGACCGGUGCAGCUUCGGCUACUUCGGUUAUCCGCACUGCGAAAGGUGCACUUGCGAUUCGUUUGGAACGCGCGAGGAUCGUUGCCAGCACGGUCUCUGCAAGUGCGACGAUGGCGGUACUUGCGAGUGUAAGGAAAACGUGCGAGGGAAACACUGCGACGAAUGCAAGCCGAAACAUUACGGAUUGUCCAAGGAAAACGCGAAAGGUUGCACCGAAUGCUUCUGUUUCGGUAGAAGUAAUACUUGCCGUGAUGCUCAACUUCACUGGAGUAAAGCCACUCGAUUGGUUAGACCUUUGGAAGAAGACAAUCGAAUAACCGAAGAUGAGUUGAGCCUGCCUAAGGCGUUCUUGGGCGAUCUCACCUCGUCGUACGGAGGCCAUCUGGAGGUCGAAGUGGAAGUGGACGAUGGAUUUUUCGAUUUGCAUUUGGAAGGCAACAACGUGAAACUGGCCCUGAAAGACGUCCGCAGGGAACUGCGAAUGACGGAGUCCAACAAAUGGAAGGUAUCGUCGAGGAACUUGGAUUUUCCCGUCGAUUGCAUCGAUUACCUGACCAGACCUUGUUUCAUGGUCGUCCUGCAAAACGUCACUUCGUUUGUAGUCAAAACCAACAACAGAAUUACGGAGGUGCUGCUGGACAAGGCGAAGAGCGAGAAUUCCGCCCAUCGCGUGACCCAUUCGGUGGAGCAAUGCGAUUGUCCGCCCCAAUACGCCGGUCUAUCCUGCGAAGAUCCCAACGAAGGCUACUACCGGUACUUGCCCGACGAUUUCGAUCUACCAUGGAUCGAUCGCGUCAUCGGCAUCGCCAAGAAAUGCGAAUGUCGCGGCCAUUCCGACGCUUGCGAUCCCGAAACGGGCCAUUGCAAAAAUUGCACCCUUCACACCACCGGAGAACAUUGCGAAAAAUGCGACGACGGCUUCUACAUGGACAACGAAGAGCGAUGCAAACCCUGCCUUUGCCCGUCUGCCGAUGUCAAUAACGCCAAAACUUGCGCUCCCGCGGCCGGUGGAGACUUUACAUGCAUUUGUAAAAAAGGAUACACCGGAAGGUAUUGCGAUAAAUGCGACUUGAAGUAUUACAAGCCGCCGAAAUCGAGCCUUUGUAUACCGUGUAACUGCAACGAGUUUGGAGUCGUGCCGGGCGAUGUAGACACCUGCGAUGAGAAUGGAAAGUGCCGGUGUAGAGAGGGAUUCACCGGCGAAAAGUGCAACAGAUGCGCUAAGGAACGGGAGUACAUCGAGGACGGAGUGUGCAAACCUUGCGGUAGAUGCGCGAUGUUGUUGUUCGGCGAGAUUGAUAACAUGAGAGAAGGUAUCGAUAGUAUAUACGAUAUGUUCAAAAGCGGCGUCGGCCCGCCGUGGAAGAAACUGACGGAUGAUUUGGAGAAACACGGCAUGCUGUCGGAGAAGUACAAGAAGAAACAAGGGCAAUACGAGCGGUUGUUGGGCGAGAACGAAAUCGAGAAACUCGAGCGUAAAAUCGACGAUAUGGAGGAGGAGGUGCGGGGCAACAACGAUUUGUUGGAGGAAAUUAUUAAUGACGCCGAUAAACUCAACGAUAAUUCCACGAAGCUGCUCGGCGAAACCGAUAACUUGGGCAAGAAAUUGAUAGACUUGAUCGGAUCGCUGGAGAAUUUCGGUACGAAGCACGUCAAUCUGAAGGAAGCUCUAGCGAAGGCUAGGGACGUUUUAAAGCGCAUCCAGAAGGCUUCUAAAACUGUGAACAAUUUAAACCGCACGGACAUCAUCGAUUAUUGCACGGCGAUUAACGAAAAAGUCGAUCUGAUCUACGGAAAACCACCAACGAUGCCUACCAGCAGGAUAGAAGACUUGAAAAAGAAACUCGACAAGCUCUUCGACCUCGUCACUUUCGUGGAAAACGUUAUCAAACUGGCCGAUAACACGAACAUCAAAAACUCCCGAAGGCUGGAAUCGGUGAAAGAAAAAAUCGAAAUACUGAAGAGCAAAAACAAGCACUUGAACACCUCGUUUAGCGCCAUUAUUAGCAAAUUGAACGCCACCGAAGACGUGCUGGAGAGCCUCGAAAAAGUAUACGGAGAUUUGCUCAACAUUUCGAACUUCAAAGAGUACGAACAGCUCGAAACGCGAAUCAAACGACAAAUGGUGGAAAUACCCGAAGUCCAAUCGUUGUACGACAGAGCCAUCGGACACGUCGAGGAACUGGAGCGAAAAGUCGAAGCCUACCACAGUUUGUUCAAUUUCACCAAGGACGAAUGGAAGAAAAUCAACGCGAGCGGCGCCUACGAGGCCGUCAUCAACGGGAUAUCCGAAGCGCGCGAUAAUCUCGACCAAGCCAAGAAAACCCUUCGAAAAAUCCAAAACCUAAUUCUACCUGAAGGUUCCGAUAACCUCGACACCAAAGCCAACUUGGCCCAAACCUACUCAGACAGGCUCAAAACGCGCAUAAACAACUUCAAAGACCUUUCAAAGAGUUUGAACGACAUGAAGCGGCGCAUCGACCAUCUGAAAGACGGCAUUCGCGACAACGGCAAAUCGAACAACGAGUUGCUCCAGAAGCUGAUCAAAACCGACCAGCACGUCGCCUCGCAGGCCGAUCGCUCCGCGAACAUAGAAAAAGCCAUCCGCGGCGUCUCCGACGUGUCCGAAGACAUGCGCGAGGUCUACAAGAAAGUCGACGAUCUCGCCUUCGACAAGCAGUUCAACUUCGACAAGAAGUACCAGAAGUACCGGGAGCAGACCGAGGCGAAAGAAAUUAAGCAUUUGAAUGCGGAUUUGAAAUCGGCGCGGGUCGCUCUGAAAAGCUUGCGAAUCUCCCAAUCGACCGACGAUAGUAAAUCGCGCGAGGGGCCCGGCAAAAGAUUCGAAGACUUGAAGACGAAAACGCAGCAACUCGAGAAUCUGAUUAAUUUGGCCCGGCAGCAGAUCGAUGGGGUGGACGUGCCGAUGAGCCUGAGGAACUGCCACAUGACCUACAAACCGUCCAAGAAGGAAUACUUCGAGAGUUUAUCGAUAACGUUCAAUUGCGAUGAUUGUACGCUGUUCAAUUGGACGAAACCGAGGGAAACCAACGAGGAAUCUUUAAUAGUGAAAGUUAAAGACGAGAAUAUUAUAACUAGCAUCGAUGGUGAGGAUAUUGUUAUACGCAAAACCGCUGAUGGGGAAAAUACUAUCGUUAUACAAAAAACUGGUACACUGUUGAAGUUACAACCCGGCACCACAGCGGAGAGAAGCAAGAAAUUGAGCAGCACGAAAAUCAUCAAUUUGAGCGAUAAUAUAGAAGUAGGGAGAAACGAUUCUGGAAGCGAAUCGGACGGCUCCUACGUGUACAAAAUAAUACUGAACGGGGAGACUUUCGGGCUGUGGAAAUUCGCCGAAACCAACGGAAAAUGCAAGGGGCACAAAAGAAAUGCUACCGUCGAUGAAUAUCUGAACACCAUGUUCAACGGUAAAGGGUACUUGGAGUACGGGCCCAACUCCAAUUUGGACCCCAAGCAGUUUUCGAUACGCUUCAGAUUCAGCACGUUCGACGAGAACAGCCUCAUUUACGUCGGAGCGCACCUACCGACUUGCUCGUACAUCAAAUUAUACCUGGAAAACGGCCUGGUGAAUUUCCACAAUCGGUUCACCAACAAGGAAAUCGUCACCCUAACACCGGACCCUACCACCAAUCCCCGAGUGAACGACGGCAAAAGCCACCUGGUGGAAAUCAGCUGGGAACUGCAAAAAAUCCAAAAACUUUACAUCACCUACACGCUCACAAUAGACGAUAAAAUCGUGUCGACGCAUCAGAGACAAAUAGCCCGCAACAACGUGUUCAAAAUCAAAGAAACCACGCACUAUUUAGGCGGAGUCCCGCCGACGUUCGACGCCUCUUGCGUACCGAUCGACAGACCUCCGUUCCUCGGAUUCCUCGAAUUGAAAACCCAGCUGAACAACGCCAACAUCUCCUACGGCAUCACGAAAACCAGAACUUUGGCGUUCGGUCACGCGUGGAUCGGCCGAAACGGCUACUUGCGCUUGGAUUUCCCGCAGGAGCGCCUCGAAAACAUCGAUUUCGUCGUCAGGCCGGCCGUCGCCCGCGGAACGUUGAUCAAAUUCAACGACGAACAGAGCAUCGACAUCGCAGGCUCCGAUAUCGCGAUCGCCGGCGUCGUGAACGGCUCGAAUAUGAUCCUCGACGAUUACAACACCGUCGAAUUGAGACUCGGCAAAACGAAAGAGUUGAUAGUUAACGGAAAAUCGCAACUACUUACCCGAAAACCGGAUAUCGCGCUCGAAGCGCUGCAAUUAGGUGAAAUCGACGGCGAAUUCGUCGGGGGAAUCAGAGACUUGAGGAUCAACAACAGAGCGAUCCGGUUCGAUAAUACCUCGGUGAAGUCGUUUAGGAACGUGGAAAUCGGCAGGGAGAAGGCGCUGGAAGCGGACACCGUCGACAUGAGGAGCCUGUCGAUGGUGAAUUUGUCGAAUACGAUGCAGAACACCGAUCGGUGCAUCGACUUCGACGGCAACGACGUCGAAAAGGACGCGAUCAAGUUCGGCGACAGGCCGAACAGUUACACGUACAUAGCGAGCAAAUUCUGGCGCGGCAACUUCACCAUCCAGUUCGAUUUUCGCACGUUCUACCCCGACGGGGUGCUCUUCGUAUCGAUCAACAAGCGGAGAAACUACGUGUUGCUGGAAUUGAAGGACGGGCAGUUGCGGUUGAAUAUCGAAGGUAGGAAGAAGAAGGUGAAGACGUUGCCUAUUAGCUCCGAUAGCAGGAUGAACGACGGUAAUUGGCACAAUAUUCGGUUGACGAGAAAAUUGAAGAAACUUACCGUCAUCGUCGAUAAGGAGAGCAAACCGAGCCGUUUGAAUAUGAGAUUCAAACCCAAGGAUGAAAUCUACUUCGGAGGCGUACCGUCCAACUCAGAUUACGUUCUUAUACCUGAUCUAAAGAGCAGGUUGAUUCCUUUCAGAGGUUGCAUGAGGUCUCUAGAAAUCAACAACGAGCGGCAAUUUUUGAUAAACAACAAAAACGUGCAACAUUCCAACAUCACCUUAUGCUUCUCCAAGCUAGAAGAAGGUGCUUAUUUCGGAGGAGAUGCGUUCGCUGUAUACAAAGAGGAUUUCCAAAUCAGCGAGAUGCUGGAGUUCGCCUUCGAGUUCCGGACGUCCGAGCAGAACGGGAUCCUGCUGAGCGCUUCGAACUUCGGAGACUAUCCGGCGCUGUCGGUGGAACUGCAAAACGGGGCGAUAGUGAUGGCGGUGAAUUUGGGCAACGGGGCCGUCACCAACGUGACGAACAACCUGAAUUCGGACAUCGCCCUGUGCAACAACCGAUGGCACAACGUCACUGUCGUGUAUUCGAGCGCCGAGCUGACGGUGAACGUGGACGGGAUCCGGAAGAGUUGGGUGCAGAACGACGCCAAUUCGACGAUGGACGAGUUGGAGGCGCCGUUGUAUGUCGGGGGAUUACCCGAUGACGCGCCUGUGGGAACGUUGAAGACUUUGACGAAUUUCAGAGGAUGCAUAAGGAAAUUGAAAAUCGAAAAUCAAUUGACUGAUUGGUCGGAAAUGGAUAGUUUGAAUAACGUUUUGUUGGAUUCUUGUCCUGUAUCGGAAAUUAGCUAAAAGGCGGAUGUGGAUUAAUUUUAAUGGAAAACGAAACCAAAUUUACACGUUCGAUGUAGUAUUAUAUGCCAUAAUUGUAUCUACUUUUAUACUCUAUUUAAAAACUAGGAGGAGCAUUUUAAGAAGACUGACUUACACCCAAACUGGAAAAUUUGUAAGAAUGCAAAUUUAAAUGCACAUUUUUCAUUUAAAUAUAAUCGAAUGUAAACCCACCUAAUUAUUUUAAAAAAAGGAACGAAUUAACAAUAAUAACUCGUAAUAAACCAAUAAACAAACGCGAGUGUUGCCAACUUAAAGUCAAAUCGCUCCUAGUUUUUAAAUAGAUUAUAGUAAAUAGCACUGCCAUUGUAUAAUUUUGUAAAUAACUAUUUAAUUUUUGUACAACUGUUAUACGAAUAGUUCAAAGAUGUAAGUAAUUGUCGCUAUUUUUGUACAUAUAGUUCCACUUUCGAAAGUACUUAUAAUGU